UUUGCCUAUUUUCAGAUGGCAGAGACUGCACCGUCACCUGCACCUUCGCAGACCAGCGAGACUAAAGAGUCCCCUAGACCCGCGGAGCCCAAAGACUCCUCUAGACCCUCUGAAGGAUCUAAUGACUCCCCGAGGACCGCAGAGGAGCCCAAGGACUCUCCGAGGCCUUCAGACGACUCAAAGGAAUCCCCUAGACCUGCGGACGAGGCUAAAGCCCCCGACACUCCGAGGUCUGAAGAUCAGAAGGACGGCGUCAAAAGUCCAGAGCCUGAAGCCAAUGGAGAGUCACCGGGCACUCCCAAAAACCCAACUCUGCGCGAGCAGUUCAAAGCCUUCAGCAAAUUCGGCGACAGCAAGUCUGAUGGCAAGCAGUUAACUCUGUCUCAGUCCGACAAGUGGAUGAAGCAAGCGAAGGUUAUUGACGGCAAAACCAUCACCACCACCGACACUGCCAUCACCUUUAAGAAGUUUAAGCAAAUGAAGAUAGCCUAUCCAGACUACGAGAAAUACCUCGCGGAGCUCGCCAAGUAUAAAAAUCAGGAUCUUGAAGCCAUCAAGGAUAAACUCAAAAACUGCGGAACCCCAGGGCUUCGAGGCACGACGAGCGUGGUCAAAAACUCAGCCGUGGACCGCCUCACCAACACCCAGAAGUACACGGGGUCGCACAAGCAACGUUUCGACGCAGAUGGUAAGGGUAAAGGUGUCGCCGGACGCAAGGACAUAGCGGAUAAGUCCGGAUAUGUCGCAGGAUACAAAAAUAAAGAUUCAUACGCUAAGACACACUAAAUAUGUCACUUUAAUGAAAACUAAACGCGGUCAGCACGGAGGUGUAAACGGUUUUUUCCUAUAAUACGGUUACGGAGUUCUAGGAUAAGUUUAAGAAUGAUCACACGUUUAUCCUUCUUCGAUAGAUAAUGUAUGAGCGAAUAACGCCCUCUGGUGAAUUGUUCGAUCCUAAUACCAGGGAAACAGGAAUCUAUUAUUCUAUUCCAAAGAAUUUUACUAUAAAUUGCAACAAAUUCAAUCCAUUUUAAUGCUUUAUAUGUUACACCAGCACUGCAAACUUUUCGUCUUAUUGAUUAUAAAACACUUUCUAUGAGAAUUCCAACAGAGAAUCAUGGAAACCGUCUAGAUUCAGAUGUAAAACAUUGUCUAAUAGUGUAAGCAAAAUUAAAAUUUACUGCUCAGUUUUCCUUUCAAAAAGAAUGUUCUAUUCCGCCUAGAAGCGUGUAGUGUCCAGCGACAAAUUCAACCAAGCAGGAAUGUCAUUUUUAUAUUGUUUCACAAUUUAGCAUAUAACAAUAAUCGAGCGUUGACAGCGCUUCAGUAACAAGCCAUUGUGUUAAUGAACGAAUCGGUGCAUCUGAACGAAAAUGGAACUUGAAUUAUUGUGUGGAAUAAACUAAUCAAUACAAUAUAAACAUUACAGUGCCGCAAGCCAAUCAAUACCGUCAAGGCAGCUCGGCUGUACGUUGUUAUGUGCGCAGCUCUCAAAUCAUGAAUAGUUACACUUAUUAUUUACGGAGCAAAAUUUCGGUGAACUCUCAGAGAUGUUGACAUCACUUGAGGCAGCAUCACUUGAGGCAGUCAAUGUAUUAAUUUUUACAUCCUAAUAGAACAUAUACAUUGAAAUCGCUCAUUUGCGUGGGUAUGUUAAUUUCAAAUAAAAUGCUAAUUACACCGAAGUAAUUAUCCAAGCAUAAUUAUUGCGUACCAGCUGAUUAAGACGGUGUAUUCGUGUAAAAGAGUAUCAAAUUAAAUUAAACAAAGAAAUAUGCGUUACAAUCAUUCUUUUCACGUAUACAUGAAUUUUUAAAAAAAUUAGUGGAAAUUUAAACGUAAAUAUAUUCCCCUGCCCUUUAUGAGAAUAGCAACAUAAUAUAAGGUUGUACGAAAUGUUUCAGUUCAAAUUCCUAUUGGAUUCUUCAAAUAUUCAUAGAUCAAGCAAUUUUAAAUUAUUACUCAUUCAACACGAAUUAACAUUUUCGUUCAUUACCUUCAAUGUAGAACGUGAUUUGAGUGCUGCGAAUGUCCCUGUAUUAUAGUUUAUUAAAUCCAUGUAUCACAAAUAGAGAAAAAUUAGAGGCAAACUUUAAAUAUAAGAACUUAUAGGGCGGAAAUGCAUAAAACAAAUACCUCUAGAUAUAUUUGCUGGUAAAUGUGUUCUAAUGUAGCUCUGCAACAUAUUUCCGGGAAGUUUUAGUCCUUUGUUUGAUUCCAAUUAAAUUUUUCAUGUAAAUUGCAACAUGAUGGCGCAGAUGAUGGUCGAUUUAAGCACUACUUUGCAGCAAUUAUCAAAAAUAAAAAUCAUUACAUCACCGGGCAUAAAUGCAGCAAACAACCAAGAAAUAUUUUUAAUUACUCUACGUCUUAGUUCCACAAUGAAUGUGAAGCACACUACAUAGUGCAAGAUAUUUAUUUGUACCAUGACUGUAAAUUUGAGUAAAUUAUUGUAACAUUUAUCGCAUUUGUUGUAUAUUUAUAUCUUAAAAACAUUGUUAUAGCCAAGCGUACACGUUAUCUAAAUUCUCACAGGUUGAAAUUAUUUUAGUUUACAUUUUAUCUAAAAUCUCACACAAGUUUUCUUCUUUAACGCUCGAAAUGAAAGAAUUCAUGAAACUUAAUUGUUGCGACAAGUUUACUACCUACAUGAAUAAUAUCACGAAUCUGUUUUAAUUAUUUUAAAACUAGCAGCAUUCAAGCUCGUUUCCGAGCAACUGUUCUCUUACGCCUUCGUCUCUUGAAUGUCACUUCCUAUGCAGAGAAUGUCGACAAGUACACGUUAUAAAAAAAAACAAA